GGUUUAAGACAACAGAGUCUUUCUGUUGUUGGUGGUAAAUGUUGGUGGUAAAUGGUUGCAAGCAGGAAUCCUAAACCGUUGAACAGUGCUUGGCUUGUGCUCUGCUGGCACACGACAGGUUGGUAUUUAUUUAUUUAUUUUUUUAAUUUGUUUAUUUGAGAGAGAGAGAGAUCUUCCAUCCACAGUUUCAUUCCCCAAAUGCCUGCAAUGGCCGGGGCUGGGCCAUGCUGUAGCCAAGAACCAAGAACUCAAUCCAGGUCUCCUACCUGGGUGAUGGGAACCCAGUUCCUUGAGCCAUCACUGUGCCUCCCAGGGACUGCAUUAACAGGAAGCUGGAAUUGGGAGCAGAGCCAGGACUCAAACCCAAGUGCCCUGGUAUGGGACAUGGCUUCCCAAGUGGCAACUUUGCCACCGCACCAGAUGCCCACACCUCGUGACAGGUGUUUGGCUUUUGCAUGGGUUCUUAGGUUGCCUGGUGAUUCUCACAUACUUUAUUCAGAUUGCCCAGGAGUAGCCCAGCUGGACACCCCUUGCCGUACUGCAUGGAGCACAAGGGUUAGGCCUGAGUUUGUGUGCAGUCAACUGCGGGGCGGGAGCUGUACAGAGCAGGGCAGGAUAUUGCAUCACCAGCAUCUAACUUGGCCCCCUGGGCAGCGGGGGCUGUGGCAUGAGAAAUCCCUCGUGCCAAAUAAAGAGCUCACCAGUGAAGCCUGUCUGCAGGCCUGGGACCCCAGUAUUCAAGCCCUGCCCCAGUCUCUGCACACCGUGGCUUCCCCAAGAGCCCAAGAGUGGUGUCCUCCAACAUUGCCUCGGCCCUACUGUCCCCUUGGGUGGUCCCCUGCCCUCCAGCGCCUCUCUGUGUGUGCCAGCCUCAUCUCUGUGCCCGAUCCCACCCCUACUCUCCCGGGAGCACUCCCCUCACCUCCCUCCCAUCUGUCCCCUUUUGGUCCUUGCCUGUUCUCCUCUAGGAGCCUUGCCUGAGCCCCCAGGGCCCAUGCCUUCCUUGCUGUCCAUCAGGACACCCUGAACUUGUUCGCCUCCUCUCGCUCACCAUGUAACACCGUCGUUUUCAGUUCUUAGGUCUUUUUAUUCUGUGGACUGUCUGCUCUUUGAGAGCAGCAGCCAUGCCCUGUUUCUCUCUAGAGCCCAGGAACCAGCACUAGCACAUAGCAGUUAUUUCAUAAAUGUUUGUUGCAUGCAUGCACCUGUGUCUGUCCUGAAACGCUCUGUUGCUGUGCACUUGAUGCCGCAGAAACACCUUUGCGAUGCUGGAAGCUGUGUUUCUGCUGUCACUCGCCUUCCCUCUGCCUUGUCCCCUUACCCUGAGGGGUGGGAGACAGUGGUGGGCACCAUCGCCACCCAGGACACUUAAGUGAGGAGGGGGCAUUGCUGUCAUGACGUGGAGCAGGUGGCUGAGUGGGUGGGGUUCCUACGUGCGCUGGGGACCCACGGUUUGCAGAGAGCCUUUCAGCCAGCUUCCUGGGGUCACCUCCGAUUGUGUGACAUGCGUCCGUACACCCAUCUGGCGCUUGUGACAGGCCAUUUCUCCAAGUCCAGGGAAUUCACAGUACUCAUUUUAGUGCUUCCAGAAUCGGAAGAGAGGUCAAGAGCAAAUGGGCAAAAGAAAUUUAAAAAUCCAGAUGGUUAAUGACCUGUAAAGAAAGAAUCCUCUCCAGAAAGCUCGAUGGGGCUCUCAGCGGUUACUUGUUGAAAACUUUCCGUGCGUGGGCCGGGGCGGCGGGCCGUCACUCCCCACCCUGGCUUUUUCUCGGCGACGUGCGUGUGGGCUACACUCGCAUCCAGCCGCCUCGCUCUUGCGUGAGCUGGGCUCCGCGUCACUGAAUUGGCCUGUGUGCUUUGCUUAUAUAACUCCUCUGAAAGUGCCUUCUGUUUGAGGAGAGCCAAUUUGCAGCCAUACUUUUUUUAAGGGAAAAUUUUUAAAUUAGCCUGGCUGGGUGUGAGCACUUUAUUCUUGGACACGUUGGAGUUGGGAAGGAGGCAGAAAUGGACGUCCUCACUGCUUUUCUACUUCUCGUCCACCUGAUCCCCGUGUCAGCCACCAAGAAUGCAGUGAGCAGCAAGAGCCGGAAGAGGAUCAUGCCUGACCCGGUGACGGAGCCCCCGGUCACGGACCCCGUGUACGAGGCGCUCCUGUACUGCAACCUCCCGAGUGUGGCCGAGCGCAGCAUGGAAGGUCACGCCCCGCAUCACUUUAAGCUGGUCUCGGUGCACGUGUUCAUUCGCCACGGAGACAGGUACCCGCUGUAUGCCAUCCCCAAAACCAAGCGACUGGAAAUUGACUGCACUCUGGUGGCUAACAGGAAACCAUAUCACCCUAAGCUGGAAGCUUUCGUUAGCCACAUGUCGAAAGGAUCCGGAGCCUCUUUCGAAAGCCCCUUGAACUCCCUGCCUCUCUACCCCAGUCACCCGCUGUGUGAGAUGGGCGAGCUCACGCAGACAGGUGUGGUGCAGCAUCUGCAGAACGGCCAGCUGCUACGGGACAUCUAUCUCAAGAAACACAGGCUCCUGCCCAGCGACUGGACCACAGACCAGCUCUACCUGGAGACCACCGGGAAAAGCCGGACCCUCCAGAGCGGGCUGGCCUUGCUGUACGGGUUUCUCCCCGAUUUCGACUGGAAGAAGAUUUAUUUCCGGCACCAGCCGAGCGCCCUGUUCUGUGCUGGAAGCUGCUAUUGCCCGCUGAGAAACCACUACCUGGAGCAGGAGCAGCACCGCCAGUACCUCUUGCGUUUGAAGAACAGCCAGCUGGAGAGGACCUACGGCGAGAUGGCCAAGAUCGUGGACGUGCCCACCAAGCAGCUGCGAGCCGCCAACCCCAUCGACUCCAUGCUCUGCCACUUCUGCCACAACGUCAGCUUCCCCUGCACCCGGCACGGCUGCCUGGGCAUGGAACACUUCAAGGUGAUCAAGACCCAUCAGAUAGAGGACGAGCGAGAGCGGCGCGAGAAGAAACUGUACCUCGGGUAUUCGCUCCUGGGCGCCCACCCCAUCCUGAAUCAGACCGUCAGCCGGAUGCAGCGCGCUGCCCUGGGCGGGAGAGAAGAGAUCUUUGCCCUCUACUCUGCCCACGACGUCACCCUGUCACCCGUUCUCAGCGCCUUGGGCCUGGCAGAAGCCAGGUUCCCGAGGUUUGCCGCCAGGCUGAUCUUUGAGCUUUGGCAAGACAGAGAAAAGCCCACGGAGCACUCCGUGCGGGUCCUCUACAACGGGGUCGAUGUCACAUUCCACACCUCCUUCUGCCAGGACCACCACAAGCGCUCGCCCAAGCCCAUGUGCCCCCUUGAGAACCUGGUGCGCUUUGUCCGGAGGGACAUGUUUCUGGCCCUGGACGGCAGCAGUACCAGCUACCACGAGGCGUGUCACAGGGAGGGGAUCUGACAGGCACGCGGCACAGCCCUGCAGCGUCGGCACCAACGCAGGGAGCUGGGAGACACCCACUGCUAGUUCUGUGUCUUGCUAAAGGUCUUAGAGGAUUGGUUUUUAGAAAGGCUAGUAACUGUGUUUGGGAGCUGCGUAGAUGGUUCGGGUUAAAGAGCGAGCACGCUGCUGUAAUGUGGUACGUGAGUUUCGUGGUACAAAGUGGCCAGUUCGUAGAGAAGAGAAGGUACUUUAUCCUGGGCAGACGUGACCUACAGUACGAGAAUACCAUUUCAGGGCCCGGAGCUGGCAGCCUGGCCUGCUCUGGUACCGGGCGAUGGGCCUGGCCGAACGUUCUCCAUCGUGGACAGUCUUACCCCAGUCCUCGUUCCGCGACGUCCUGAAGUGAUUUAUCUAGAAAGGGAGUUGGCAGGCUUGUCCACAGAAGGCCAGAUAGUAAAGAUUUCAGUAUAUGCAGACCCAAAGGUUGUACACGGUCUCUGUGGUAGCUGCUUGACCCUGCUCGUUCGGCACAAAGGCAACCAGCCGCUGAUGACAACGUGAUGUAGCAGGGGAAGGGGACCGGGGCGGGGGGGGGGGGCCCAUGUGGCUCACGGGCUGUCAACUGCUGACCCCCGACCUGAGGAGCAGGCUCUGCUGCGACUGUGCGUGCAGCACUUUGCAAGGCAGCUGAAUGCCCACAGUGACACUCGGUGGUUCGCCCGGGCUGCACCUGCCACUCUCACAAGACUGGAGGAGAAACAGAUGCCGAAUCAGAGCGAGAUGGUUAGAACACUACCUGAUGUUCAUGAUGAUUGUGGUACGAGACAGUUUUCACUGUUUGUCUGCUGUAAUCUGUUUGCUGUAAAUGCUGAAACUUUUGUACGCCACUUAGUAUUUUUAUAGCCUAGGAAAAUAUUUUCUAAGAGCAGUGUCAAACGUGCUGCUAUCCGGAUAGUCAGUAUGCAGUGUACUGUACCUGCUCGGUGGUGAGAAGAGGCUGCAUUCAGGCACUUUCUUCCCCAAAAAACUAAUGAUGACUCAUUCCCUUUGAUAAGUUGUAGAAUUGAAUCAACUUGUAAACCGUUUUCAUCAGUUUCAAGAGAGUGGUAAAUUCUGGUUGACUUUUAGACACGUUUUUAGAAAAAAAAAAAACUUUGUUACUAGAUAGCUAAAUAAUCUUUAUAAGGUAUUUUGUAUAUUAGAAGCAAUUAUCAUUAAAUCUGUGAUUUCUGAACUGAUGGUGCUGGUUCUCUUUGAAGAAAUGCAAGGUGCGGUGAGAUUCCCCAUUGUCGUCAGCACCCCAGCCUUUUCCCUUGUGUCUGUCCAGUGUCACCUUUGAAUAUGUCUGUGUCCACAAAUAAAUUUUUGAAGACUA